ACACACACACACACACACACACACACACACACCGCAGGAACGGAAACGGAAAUAACGCUGAAUGGCCCUUUAAGACCCGAACUGCGACUCGGUCCUUCCGCCGCCGCUGCAGCCGAUCAGAGAAGAUCAUCAUCAUCAUCAUCAUCACCACCACCACCAUCAUCAUCAUCCUCACCGCCACAUCCGCACUGAGAAUCACCGGCCUGUUCCUGCACAGGUCGUCUUUGGAACGUCUUCAGUUCUGGCAGAAAUGGAUUAGCUGAGAGCGAGACCACUUUUCCUUCUACACUCUUUCCAUCUCUUUAUUUCUUUCUGUCCGUCACUACCUCACGAUGGUGUCGUGCUCUCCAGCUGUGCGUUUUUGCCAGAAGCUGAACAGGCUGAAGACGUUAGAGGAGGACAUGAUGGCGACGUCUCUGAGGCGCUGUCUCUCCACACUGGACCUGGCGCUGCUCGGUGUUGGUGCCAUGAUCGGCUCGGGUCUCUACGUCCUCACUGGAGCCGUUGCCAAGGAUCUGGCGGGACCGGCCGUUGUGCUGUCGUUCCUGAUCGCGGGCGUGGCUUCGCUCAUGGCGGCUCUGUGCUACGCCGAAUUUGGCGCUCGUGUUCCCAAAACAGGCUCCGCCUACAUGUUCACGUAUGUCUCCGUUGGUGAGAUCUGGGCCUUUCUGAUUGGCUGGAAUGUAAUUUUGGAGUAUAUGAUUGGCGGCGCGGCGGUGGCUCGUGCCUGGAGCGGCUACCUGGACUCCAUUUUUGACCACCGUAUCCGGAAUUUUACGGAAAGUCACGUAAUGCGCUGGGACGCACCUUUCCUCGCCAGAUAUCCCGAUUUCCUCGCGGCAGGAGUACUGCUUAUUGCAUCUUUCGUCAUUUCGUUCGGGGUGCGCGUCUCGUCCUGGCUAAAUCACAUCUUCUCUAUGGUUAGCAUGGUAGUCAUAGCCUUCAUCCUGAUCUUUGGUUUCGCAUUAGCCGAUCCGACCAAUUGGAGCGCACGCAAAGGCGGUUUCGCCCCCUAUGGCUUCUCGGGCAUCAUGGCAGGAACGGCCACCUGCUUUUACGCAUUUGUAGGCUUCGAUGUGAUUGCUGCAUCCAGUGAAGAGGCACGUGAUCCUCGGAAGGCUAUUCCCUUGGCAACAGCAAUCUCGCUAGCUUUAGCAGCAACAGCGUACAUCCUGGUUUCGAUGGUUCUGACGCUGAUGGUCCCGUGGAACACCCUCGACCCGAACUCGGCGCUCUCGGACGCGUUCUUCAGGCGUGGGUACAGCUGGGCCGGCCUUAUCGUGGCUGUGGGAUCCAUCUGCGCCAUGAACACGGUGCUGCUGAGCAACCUCUUCUCUUUGCCUCGUAUCGUGUACGCCAUGUCGGAGGACGGCCUCUUCUUUUCCGUCUUCUCACGCGUUAAUCCUGUCACUAAAGUCCCCAUCAUUGCUAUCUUGGUGUUCGGCAGUCUCAUGGCUGUCCUAGCGCUCAUCUUCGACCUGGAGGCUCUUGUCCAGUUUCUCUCCAUCGGCACGCUGUUAGCGUACACCUUCGUAGCUGCGAGCGUUAUCGUUUUACGCUUCCAGCCGGAAAAAAAUGCCAGCGGGAAGAAAGAUGCACCGGCGCCCUCGCCAGGCCAGCAGAGCUCUGCGUCUGAGCUCAAGGAGGACAGCGGCGAGCUGAAGGAGUACGAGUCGUUUUCAGAUAAACUGCGGCUGGUGGAGCAGAAGAAGUUCCCAGGGACUCUGAGUGCCCGCUGGGAGCCGUACCUGGGUUCAGUGUUGGGGGACUGGGCGCCGGGCGAAGUCGUAUCGUUCAGUGUGCUGUCGCUGAUGGUGAGUGCCGUGUCACUCUGCUCAGUGCUGGUGUUUGGACAAAGUUACCUGGCGCUCCCUACGUGGAGCUUCGUCCUGCUGCUCAUCAUCUUCAGCCUGGCCUUCAUCCUCAGCCUCAUCGUCAUCUCCGUCCAUGAGCAGCAGCAGAACACAAAGAGCUUCCAGGUUCCACUGGUGCCGUUAAUUCCUGGUGUCAGUAUCCUGACGAAUGUGUUUCUCAUGAUGAAGCUCAGUCCACUCACCUGGCUCCGAUUCACCAUCUGGGUAGCUGCAGGGCUGAUUGUGUAUUUCGGUUACGGUAUCUGGCACAGUAAAGAAGGCCUGAAGGAGCCACGGAGUGUCUCGGCCCGUUACGUGGUUCUCCCCAGCGGGAGUUUGGUGGAAACCGUCCAGAACGUCCAGCCUGAGGGACACGUCCACACACACACACCCGCAACAAACACUCCCACUCCGGCCGCCGACGACACGCAAGCCAGCAGAUGAUCUGUGUGUCUGUAUGCUAGUGUUAAACACACUAGUUGUGUAGUUCGUUUGUGUGUGUGUGUGUGUGUGUGUGUGUGUGUGUGUGUGUGUGUGUGUGUGUGUGUGUUUAUGCUUCUCCUUUACUGCCACAGUCUGUUCUGCCUUUCUGAGGUUCUUGAUAUGAGAUUAUUGAUAUAUUAUUUCUCACACUGGAUAUGAACACGUUUAUUCAUAAUUUAUUUAUAGGAACAUUUACACAAAAAUUUAUUAAGAAACAAAAAAAAAGAAAAGAAAUCUCUAAAUAUCCAGUCAGGGUAAAUUCUUUUGAUCCUUUGUUUCAUUCCUGGUUUCAGGACCUCGGCUUGAAAACCAGUGCACAAAUUGAUCCGGGACCCCCGAUAAGGCAUUAGGGACCCCCAAGACAAGUAAACAAUAGAUUUAGGGGUCCCCAAGAUUAUUUCAGUAAAAAGUAUAUGAAUUACACAACAACUGGGGACCCCAUAAGACUUGACUCAAUUCGAGCACUGCUCAAAACUAUUCGUGAGAUCCUGCCAUUGUAUAUACAGAGUGGUGUAAAAAUAAUGGCACCCUAUGAAAGAGCUGCAUAGUUAAUGUGUGUAUGGUAGCACACACCAUCCGCAAGAAGCUCUUUCUCCUUUAUAGCAUGGAGAAAUUUAACUCUUUUUAUGGCUGAUUGUGUAUUAAAGCACACGUUUUUAAUCUGG